AUGGCGCCUCGACCGUCGCUGGCGCGUCGCACGUUGGCUGCGCCGGCAGAGCAUAUCUAUGAUUUGGGCGUGGUCGGAAGAAAAACCGGCGUCACUGUCCCCGACUCGGGUAUUCGUGACGAGCAUGGCAUGGAACCGCUCGAAGAUUUUUUCUCAUCCCCGGGAAAGUCUGAUCUGGAAGAGCGCCACGAGGACGGCGCUGGCUCGGAGGGUAGUGGUGACGAGGCGAUGGAUAUUAGCACGACAUCCGGAAUUGGCCCCUCAGCCCUCCUCAACGGCCAAGGCAGUAGGAACGCCGGGCCGCUGGGGCGCGCAAAGUCGCCUGUGAAAUCGUCGCUGCUCAACUCUCCUGGCCAGCGCGGCAAACCUCUGGCAAAAGUCAACCCUCCUAAGCCGAGCAGUCAGCCCACAUCAGAUGCUGACGUGUUCAAGCGCCGCCUGGACUUCCAAAGCGUGCGUAAUGGCGGGCCACAUUCGCUGUCGCAACCCACUUCGUCGUCUUCGAGAGACCGGUUUACGAUGCCUGAAGAGGAAGAUGAUGCUGUCGAUGACGAGGUGACCAAUUUUGUGGAGGAAUCCAUGGCGAUGUUGAAUGAGGAGUACGACUUAUCUGAGCAGCACGAAGAUGAUCCCCCGAGCGACCCUGAUCCUGCGUCGAUAUCGAAGCGGAGGCCUGGAAUGCAGGCAGCGCCGCAACCAAAGGCAAAACCAAAAGCCGCGCCAGCGAAGGCUGCUCCUACGAGGAAGUCCGCACGACCAGUUGUCGACGAAGAAAUGGAGGAGGAGGAGGAGGAGGAGGAGGAAGAGGAAGAAGUGCAGAGACAAGAGCCAGACGAGGAUGUCGAGGAAGAAGAGCGGCAGGAUACUCCCUCACCAAAACCUCAUCGCGGCCCAGCCGCCAAGGGCAAGGCUCCGGCUGCAGCACCUACUCGCGGCGCCAACAAGCGCCGGUCGUUAGAAGAAGAAAAGGGACCAUCCCCGGAGCCUCAACCCAAGCGCCAGCGCACCGAAGCGUCUAAGCCCCAACCCAAGCCCAAGAUGACCACCAAACGCGUGAUCGAACCCCCACCAGAACAAAGGUCUGCCAAGAAAAGCUACCCCAAGGCCUCUGAAGCCCCCGAACCAGGCGACGUUAGCCAAGUCAUGACCUUGCGUCGCCCUCCCCUGCCCAAAUCCCGCGGUCUCCUCAUCAACCGGCGUACCGAGACCCCCAAUGACCCGUCCAGCGGCAUGUUCCGCACGCGUUCCGGACGUACGUCCUUCAAGCCGUUAGCCUACUGGCGCAACGAGCGCGUUGAGUAUGAAAAGGACGAAUCGCUGGAUCCGUUUGUUGGUCGGGGAGGAAAGAGCAGCGCCCCUAAGAAGUUUGUGCUGCCGGUUAUUAAGGAGGUUGUGAGGGUUGAAGAGGCGGAGCCGGAGGUUAGGAGACGGUCUGGAGGCGGGGGGAGGAAGGCGAAGAGAAGUGGAGGUAGAAAAAGGAGGAGUAGAGGCGAGUAUGAGGAGAGUAGUGAUGAUGAGGGCCCUGCUGAUGCAUGGGAGGUUGAUCCGGGCUAUGUCACGGGCGAGGUGGUGGUCUGGCAGCCGGAGUACGAAUGGAACCCGCCGGCACCGAACGAUCUGGUCAGUGUCAUGGACAAGCAGCUGGCCAUCAGCGCACAGGCGAUCAAGACUACAGAGGUUGUGGGCGGCGAGUUCCGCUACGCGAAGGUGUUUAGCGAGGGGUUCAUUGGCGCUGGUGUGGUCGAUCUGCCGCCUGGCGCCGUUAAGCGGCUGAAGAAUUCGCGCAAGGUGUUCAUGAUCUUCUUUGUGCACAAGGGCCGGGUGCUGGUAACCGUCCAGGAGACGAGUUUCCGCAUUAUCAAUGAGUACACAAUAGAAAAUGAUUAUGAUUAUCCUGCACGUAUCUUCUUCUCCCAGGGCCAGGAGGUCUCUGUGAAGCCGCAAGAGCCCGAAGAGGCCCCGCCAGAGGACGGGGGCGGUGAGGAAGAGGAAGAAGAGGGGGGAGAUAAUUAG